AUGGACGCUCGGAUCCCGCCGCCACUGCUGCUGCUGCUGCUACUGCUAUCGGCGCUUCAAGUCUUGUCGAUCGCGCUGGCUGAAACGACGCCAGACCUCGCCAUGGCCUCCGACGUCGGUGGGAACGGCGACCAGCUGCGUCUAGUGCAUGUGGCCGCACUGUUCCGUCACGGGGAACGCGCGUCGCUUACGACGUUUCCUGGAGACCCCAACCAACACUACGUGUGGCCCAUGGGACGCGGGCAGCUCACCAACAGGGGUCGCCAGACCAUGUACGCUCUCGGAAAAUGGCUACGCGAGCGUUACGCGCGCUUCCUCACUCACGACGUGCGAGAGGUGAGGGCCCGAAGCAGCCCUGUGCCCCGAUGCUUCGACAGCGUCGCGAUUCUCCUGUACGGCCUGUACCCAGCCGUGGACAAGGAAAGACAAUGGAAGCAUGGCCAGGACUGGCAGCCGGUGGCCAUCAUGAGCCCGCCCGAUGGUACGGACAAGUACGCAACGCUCUGUCUGCCGCGCUUCCUAGAGAGCCUGAGCGCGCUGUACGCCACCGAAGUGCCUUGCUCCUUGGUUGACAAGCGGCUACCUCAACCGCAAACCGAGACAGCGGCACCGCGGAGAUUCGCUACCGCAGGCAGCAUACUCGACUUCGUGGCAACUGUGGCCAACGUCACCGAUAAGCCCGGUGUGGCGCGAUUCGCGGCUACGUCCCGCAUCGUAGAUGCCCUAUUCGUGAACCACGAGAACGGCCUGCCACUGCCCGAGUGGGGCACGAAGCACAUUCGACAGCUCUUUUGGCUCAACGAGAUGCUGGUCGAGUUUAUCGGAAAGUACCAGAAGGACAACAUGGCCGGCGCCCUGCUCAAGGACUUCGUAGCGAGCAUGAAACCCGCACAUGCUGGUGGAGGCGUGAUGCUCACUCAGGGACAAGACGAAACCAAUAAGGGUCCCAAGGUGACGCUCUACUCCUAUCACGACAUGAACGUCGCCGGCGCCAUUGUGGGCUUGAAUGGCACGCUGAGUGGCAGGCCUUCGUACGGAGCCGCCAUCAUACUCGAAGUGUUUGCUCGCAGCGGCACUUCUGACGCCGCCGCCGACAAAUUCGUCAGGCUUUUGUACAAGCUGAGUAACCAACAUGCAACUAGCAUUCCCGUGGAGGGCUGCGCCGACCCUUGUCCUCUGCAGAAGUUCGACCAGAUCCUUGAGCGCAAAUUCAAGCCAGUGACAAGGGCGCAGUGUGGUUGGAGCGAGCACCAACCUCUUUUGUGA